UGCCCUCUACCUGCUGCCUGCCUAGCAGCUGCACCCACGUGGGGGGAGGAAGCGGGGGCAGAGCUGCUGGCCUGGGCCCAGUGCUGGGGGUCUGGCCAGCCACGUGUGCCAGGAGUUGGGGGCCUUGAUGGCCAGCACGUCAGCAGAUAAGCUCUUUUCGCUGAGCGGCCUGUUUGCUGUGUACAAGCCCAAGGGGCCUACCUCAGCUGAUCUGCUCAACCAUCUGAAGGCCAAGCUGCUGGCAGAAGCUGGUGUACAAGAGGUUGUCAGAAAAAGGAAGAAACCGAUCUUGAAGAUUGGACACGGUGGGACUCUGGAUAGUGCAGCUUCAGGAGUUCUGGUGGUUGGUAUCGGAAAAGGAACAAAACUGCUCGGAAGUCUGUUGGCAGGUUCCAAGAAGUACACAGCCAUUGGGGAGCUAGGAAAAGCUACCGACACAUUAGAUGCCACAGGAAAAGUAACAGAAGAAAAGCCUUAUGAUCAAAUAACAAAAGGAGAUCUUGAAAAAGUGCUGCAGAAGUUCACAGGGGACAUAAUGCAAGUUCCUCCACUCUGUUCUGCUUUGAAGAAAGAUGGACAAAGGCUAUCGUGUCUCAUGAAGAAAGGAGUAGCAGUGGAAGCAAAGCCCGCUCGGCCGGUUAGCGUUUACAACCUGUCUCUCCAGAACUUCCAGCCACCGCUGUUCACACUGGAUGUUGAAUGUGGCGGUGGCUUUUAUGUCAGAAGCUUGGUCAGUGACAUUGGCAAAGAACUCUCUUCAUGUGCCAGUGUGCGAGAGCUGACCCGAACCAAGCAUGGGCCAUUUACCCUAGAGGAGCACACGCUUCAUGAAGACAAAUGGACAAUUGAUGAAAUUGCACGGUCCCUAGAGCAUUGCAUGUCUCUUCUCCCAGAAGAACCGUCACAUAAAAAAUUAAAGACUGAGCAUUCGGAAGAAUCUGCUGUGAGCUGUGAAGAUAAGCGAUAAGUCAGGUCAAGGAAAGAGACUGAAUGAUUGAGACAUUUUGAGAGUGGACUGGGAUAGUCUUGCCUUCCUGAGUAAAUUUACAAGCCUGUACAUGGAGGGUGAUAGACUGCAGUGCAAGGAGAAUGACCCCUUUCUCAUAUAUGCACAAAGUAUCUCGUGCUUAUUGCUUCCUCACUUCUCUUCUGUUUUAUACACUGAAAAAAGGUCUCUUGCUAAACACUAGCUUUUCACUGUAUGCUGGAAAGAUGCUGAAGAGAGUGUAUCUUUUUGUUACUACAUUGAUACCAAAAAAAGUGUUUUAUUUUUUAUUAAAUUUGGUAAAUUUUGAGGGAGAGAAACAAUUCAUUUUUUGUGUAGCUGUUAGUCAAACUCAAAUCCUAGAUUAUCACUGUAAUGAAAGCCUGUGCCAGUUUGACAGAUGCAAAAAUGUGGAGUGACAUUGUAUUUCUUUUCUUAAAGAGAUUCCUUGAACUGGAAAUGAUUUCACUGUAGCCCUGAAAUGGUUUCAGUUGUAGUCCUUAUUGUUUGGUGUGGUCUUUCAGUGGAACGUUACCCAGAAUAAGUCAAGCACAAACUGAGCUUUUAAAAUACCAUGCAGUUAACUGCUCAAAAAUAUAAGCAGUCUCUAAUGAUAAGUUGUAUUCCUUACUAAUGUUAAAUGGCUUGGAGCAGUGGGCGCACAAUCAAUGCACCAGCGUAUAGUUAUGUCUUGUUUUCCAAGGGGCAACUUUACCCCAGAGCAGCAUGACUUAACUCUGGUAGACUGGCACAUCCUGUGACUGCUUCUCUAGCACACCGGAGUAAAUGUGCCAUGUGUAACUCCCUUAGUAAGGAAGUGAGAGCUGGGGGAAACUCCCACUUCUGUUUACCUGAAGAAAUAAUGACC